AUUCCCCACACCAACAACAUUGUGUAGCAAAUUAGAAAGCAGGUAUUCUUUAUUAACAGCGCCGGGGAUGUGGGGGAUAAUGCCAGGACGUCCCUGGCUCCCAGGGGCAGAUCCAGGCCGCGGGCCGCCCUCCUGGCCUGGACCCCAGCCUGGCAGACAUUGUUCCUGUCAGCGUGGAGCAGCCAUCUCACCUCAGCACUUCCUCACCACAGGCAGGUGCCCUCUGUCAGUGCUGCCAUCAGGGGCACCCCGAGACCCUUGUGAUGCCACCACAGAGUCACCGUCACCCUGUGACCUCACAAAAGGUGGCAGGCUAUAAGAGCCCCAAGCGUCGCGCCUGAGUCCAGUCCGGCUGCUGGUACUCGAGAUUUCGAAGUCCCAUUGCUGGAAGGCGAGAGGUGGAGGUGUUGCUGGAAGCACACACAAAGCCCUUUUUGUUGCACACGAUCCAUCGAACUCCUUCGUGGUCCUGCUGGUGGAACGCGACACGUCGAGGUCCAGCCAGCGACACGAGUGGAGGCACUGAGGUCCCGUCAGUGACCAUCAGUGCAGGUGCUGAGGACCGCAGGCUGCUGAGAAGCGCCUGGCACCAGGAGAGAUCCCAGGGGACGACCGUCUCUGCGCCAGGGCGGCUGCAAGCAGCAUGAACUGGUCCCAGCAGGAGCAGCAAGAGGAGGCCCCCGGGGACGAGACGUGCCCCAUCUGCCUGGGCCAGAUGACCGACCCGGCUCGUGUCGAACCGUGCAGGCACACCUUCUGCCGGGAGUGCAUCCGCGUCUGGACUGCCGACAGACUCAGAUGCCCAAUGUGCCGCGGGCGUAUCGUGGCCAUCGUGCGCGUGGUGCCGCCCGCCCUGCGUGACGCAUUAUCCCGCUGGCUCCGCAGAAGAUUGGAGCACAAUGCGGAGCUGGGGCGGCGGCAGCGGCAGAGGAACCCCUCCAGAUAUCGGUCCCGCAGCGUCUCGCCCAGGCGCAGGGAGCGCAGCCCCGCCAUGGGGCAACAACUUCGGAGAAGCUUUUCCUGGCACUCGGGGGACGAUGGGCGCGGAAUGCUACGGUCCCGGGAGGACGACAACAUCGGGGACAUGCGCUGGAUUCGAAGGGCCCAGCUGGAGGAACCGGGGUCUGGCGACCACGCGGGCCGCCAGGCCAGGCCCGAGGACUGAGAGGGGCCUCACCUGGGGACGGGCUGGGGGUGGCAGCCACAAUUACCCCAGUAUUAAAUUGACUUUUCCACCC